AUGGAGGAGCCGUUGGAAGGAGCUCUCCUUUUCGCCCUGGACGACCUGCGCGGGGACAACUUCAAGCGCUUUAAGAACCAGCUGGCCUUCCUGAAGGUGGAGGGGAAGGCGCCCAUCCCCUGGAGCCAGCUGCGGGAGGCUGACACCGUGGACACCGUGCAGCUGAUGCUGGAGGUCUACGGCGAGGAAGGGGCCCGAGACGUGGCCGUGGAGGUCCUGAAGCUCGUCGGCCUGCGGGGUUCUGCCUCCAGGCUCCAGAAGUGGAAACAGAACGAUUGCAGGAAGAAAUACCAACAGCACAUCCAGAAGACGUUUCGGAGCAGGUGGGAACAGCCCAUCCAUCCAGGCACAACGGUGAGUCUCCAACAAAGCUACACAGACUUGCUUCUAACCAGAACCUCCCGUCUGCAGGAGAGAGCUCGUGAACUGGUGGCCACGGAAUGGAAACACUGGGAGAUGGAGGCCCACCCAGGAGACAACCUCAAGGUCAGUCUGGAGACUCUGUUUGAUUUGGACCCCCAGGGCCAAAGUUCCCGGACCACCGUGUUGCUGGGGCCUGUUGGAGUGGGGAAAACCACGGCCAUGUGGAAGGUCCUGCUGGACUGGGCAUCCGGCAAGCUUUGGCCGCAAAGAUUUGACUAUGUCUUCUACAUCCCUGGGGGAGCUGUGGACUGCAACAGCGAGCCCAUGAGUGUAGCUGAGCUGGUACUUGGUGGCUGUCCUCCAGGAACGCUUCAAGUAGAGGACAUCUUUGCCAACCAAGACCGCAUCUUGGUCAUUGUGGAUGGUUUCGAUGAGCUGACGCGCUGUGGUCGCCCGAGCGAGAUGCUGAGCGGUGACCUACGCAUAAAGCAAGCCCCUGAGAACUUGGUGAUGGCCCUGCUUGGGAAGAAGCUCCUCGCCAAAAGCCACCUCCUCGUGACCUCAAAGCCCACGGCUCUCGGCUCCCUCCAGCUGAGCCUAAAAUCACCGCAGUUUUUGGAGGUUCUGGGGUUCCACCCGGCUCAGAGAGAAGAGUAUUUCCAACGCUUCUUUGGGGACCAAGAAGAAGCCACCCGAGCCUUCGAAACCAUACGGAGAAACGAAACCCUUUUCAGCCUGUGCUUCCUUCCUGUGGUCUGUUGGAUUAUCUGCUCCGCCGUCAGACAGGAACCACAAAGUGAUCUUCUCCAGGAGAUCCCAGAGACAGCAACGCUUACUGAAAUUCACCUGAUGCUCCUCUUCCAUGUCCUCAAGGGUCGCUCCGGGCCGAGCAACCUGGAUGCUCUAUGCUCCCUGGCUAGAGAGGGCUUGCUCCGAAAGACAGUGGUCUUGGAUGAAGAAAUCCUGAAGGCGCACGGCCUCAGCUGUCCAGACCUUGAAGCCCUUUCUGCUAGCGGCUGUGUUCUCCGCCAAGACGUCUUAAGAGCGGCCACCUACCAGUUCACCUGUUUAAGUUUCCAGGAGUUCUUUGCAGCCUUGUUCUUCCUUCUGGAGAAAGAUGGUAGCUCUGUGUCCUCUCUGACGGACCUGAAUAAAGUUCUGGGGAGCCAGAAGGAAUGCAGCAGGGACCGCUUCCUGCUGGUGCGCUUCCUCUUUGGCCUCUCCAACACAAGGAGGCUGAGUGCCCUGCAGAAAAUGUGGCGCUGCCAGACCUCCAGAAGGGGACUCUUGCAGGAAUUGUUGAGGUGGGUGGAAGAAGACGCCAAGCGCCAUUCUUUCAGGAAACCGGAGCACCUGCUGGAGUUGUGCCGUUGCGUCUAUGAGGUGAAGGACGUUGAGUUUGCCAAGAGCGUGAUGGGACAUGUUCCCAGCCUAGAUCUUCGAGAUCAGCUCUCCACCAAGCUGGACUUUGCAGCAUUUUCCUUUUGCCUGUCAGCUUCGGAGGCGUCCCACUCGCUUCGGCUCUCUGGCUAUGCGUUGGGGCCUGCAGGACUACAGCAGCUCUUACCUGGACUGAAGAUGUCUUCAGACAUCCAGCUGAACGGCUGUGGACUGUCGACUGCUGCGUGUGAAACUCUCGCCUCAGUGGUGGAGACCAACCCGGGCCUGACCACUCUGGACCUGGGUGGGAAUCCACUGCAUGAUUUGGGCAUGGUCUGCUUGUGUCGCAGACUGAUCAGCUCCAGGCAUCAGCUCCAGAGUCUCCGGCUGAAUUCUUGCAAUCUCACAGCUGCAGCUUGCGAGUCCCUUUCGCAGUUCCUGGCAUCCAACCAGUGCCUAAGAGAGCUGGACCUGGAAGAGAAUCACCUGGGAGAUCGGGGAGUCCAGCAGCUGUGUGAAGGGCUGAAGCAUCCGCAAUCCAGGCUGCAAAAACUCACGCUACAUUCUUGUGGGCUCACGGCUGCCGUAUGCAAGGACUUGGCUUCUGUCCUGGAGACCAGUGAGACCCUGAUGGAGUUGGGCUUGGGAGAGAACCAGCUGGGAGAUGAAGGCAUCAGGCAGCUGAGCGUGGUGCUGAAAAGGCCGAGCUGCAGGCUCCAGAGACUGGCGCUGACAAUGAGUUUUUUCAGUCGAAUCACCAAGAAGAAGCUGCAGGCGGCUUGCGCCGCACACCCUCACCUCCUCCUGGUCUCCUACUACCCACCUGGUUUCCCAGCUUUCCCAGGAGAAGACGGAUAA